AUGGAAACUUUUGAUGAACAUCGUUAUUGUGUAUAUUCUACAAUUUUUUCUCCGAUUAAUGGUGAUCACUUUAUGAGUUGCAGUGGUGAUAUGACCAUGAAAAUUUGGGAUAUUCAUGAUAUUUCUAGUUUACAAUCAGCUCAAGUUCACAAUUAUGAAGUUUUGGCAUGUGAUUGGAAUAAGUUUAAUGAACAUAUUGUUUGUACAGGAUCAGUAGAUAAAACCAUCAAAGUAUGGGAUUUGAGAAAUUUAAAUCAGCAUAGAUCAGGAGCUAUCAUGGGUAGUGGAUCAUCUUCAAAUCAAGAUUCAUCAAUUUGUACUUUAACUGGACAUGGAUUUGCUAUUAGACGUCUCAAAUUCUCACCACACGAUGAAAAUAUAAUUGGUAGUGUAAGCUAUGACAUGUCAUUGUGUAUUUGGGAUACUGAACAGGGAAGUGAUAAUGCACUGUUGGAAAAAUACGAACACCACUCUGAAUUUGUUGUUGGUAUUGAUUUUAACUUGGAAAUGGAGGAUGAAAUUGCUAGUUGCAGUUGGGAUGAAACUGUCUAUGUUUGGAUGAGAGGAGAAGAACCAGUUCCAACACACGAAGAAGAUGAAAAUGCUGAAGACGAUGAAGAAAAUGAAAUUGUCUCUCAAUUCAGACAAGUUUUAGGACUUGCUCGUGGAGGUGGUGCUGAAGAUGAAGAAUAUGACGAAGAUGAUGAAGAUUUAGAUGAAGACGACGAGGAAGAAGAUUAA